CACAUACAGACACACACACACACACACACACACACAGACAGACACACAGAGCAUCUGCAGCGGUCGUGAGGAGAGGAGCACCACCCGACAUCCGUGGAUGUUAUCUCGACCUCUGGAGAACCGGAGAGCUGGAUUAUUCUAAUAGUGCGCAUCUUCCAGAGGGUGUGUUUCAUCCUGCGGAGGAAUCAGAGGACACAGGAAAAGGGGAUUUCUUAAGAUAGCAUUGGGAAUAAGGUUUUUUGGGGGUUUAUCAUCAGUGUCCUUCACAUUGUCCACGCUUGUCCUGAAGGAGCUGUCUAACCGUGGAGCUCGUCCGUGUCCAAAUGGAUGAGAGUGCGUGAGGAGAAUACUAAUGCGUCCUGCUGCUGCUGAGGGCCACACAGAGCCCAUCAGUCAUCCAAGAGCCCACAGCGGGGAUCUGAGCACCAGAGCUGGUUAAUCUACCCAAAAAACAGGUUGUGGAUAACCCCAAAAAAGAACAAAACUCUAGCAGCUGCAGAGAGAGAGAGAGAGAGAGAAAAAAACGCCAAAAUGGGCAACAGCUUCUCCAACAUCUCUGCCUUCCAGUCUCUCCACAUCGUCAUGCUGGGCUUGGACUCUGCUGGCAAGACCACAGUCCUGUACAGACUGAAAUUCAACGAGUUCGUCAACACGGUGCCCACCAUUGGGUUCAACACCGAGAAGAUCAAGCUGAGCAACGGCACGGCGAAGGGCAUCAGCUGUCAUUUCUGGGACGUGGGGGGCCAGGAGAAGCUGAGGCCCCUGUGGAAGUCCUACAGCCGGUGCACCGAUGGCAUCAUCUACGUGGUGGACUCUGUGGACGUGGACAGGCUGGAGGAGGCCAAGACAGAACUGCACAAAGUCACCAAGUUCGCAGAGAACCAGGGCACGCCGCUGCUGGUCAUCGCCAACAAGCAGGACCUGCCCAAAUCUCUUCCAGUGGCGGAUAUCGAGAAGCAGCUGGCCCUGCACGAGCUCACCCCGUCCACCACCUACCACAUCCAACCUGCAUGUGCUAUAAUAGGAGAGGGGCUUCACGAGGGCAUGGACAAGCUGUAUGAGAUGAUACUGAAGAGGAGGAAAUCCCUCAAACAGAAGAAGAAGCGAUAACAGCUGCUGGUUCUGUGGACAGUGUUGUAGUCUGAUGAACUGUAAGGAAUCCGGGUUCUGCCAGUGUUGCCCUAAACAAGGUUUACUUUGCAGUGUUUUUUUUGUUUGUUUUUGUUUUCAACAUCCUCAGUUUGGAUUAAAGCUGUUCGACGCUGUGAAGCCCUGCUUGAAUGAUGCUUCUGCAGGAUAUAGAAUACAUAAUAAUAACCAAAAAAGACAAAUAUAGAAAAUAAACUUGAAAUGACUCUCCAGAUCUACAGCAUGGAGGAGGAGACGCGGGCUGGCCCGUUUAUCUGCUGCUUUCGUCGUUGGACUUUGGACACAGUUUGACUCUGAAGAAGAAGCUCCUCUGCUGUAGCUCACCGAGGACUGUUAUGGCACAGUAGUUGUUUUUUUUUCCAUUUCCACCCACAGGAGGUCUACUGCGGAAACACACGUUUGAUUUUGCACGUGGCUCGGGUCACUUGUGCCCCCUGCUCUUUUUUUAUUUUGUUUGGGAGGACAGACAUCUGUAGUUUCAGUCUGGAUGUCGUGCUGACUGUUUCUUUGGGAGCAUUGAAGUAGCCUUUCCUCAUGCGUGGUGGACUGAGGACAGAGUGUCCACUACUUUGCACUUUUCAUUUCCUAACAAAACAGUAGAGAACUACACUGUAUUAAUAGAGGAGCCGAUCCAGGUGGUUUAUGUACUAAGAAGCCAAAAUUGAAGUAUUUUUUGAAUAUUAAAAUAUAUA